GAGCCUCCCUGCAGUGCUUUAUUCAGCGAGAUCAGUUGGAAUUGAAAGUUGAAAGGGGGGGUGGGGGUGGGGGUGAGGCAGGUAGCCCGAGGCAUCAGGUGUGCUUGCAAAAGAGAAAGAGGAGAAGAGGAGCAGCAGCCAGAUGAAUGAGCUCCGUAGCGCUGGACAUGUGAUAAGGGGAACGCAGGACUGUGCUGGGUCUAUAACAGUAUGUGUAUGUCAAGAUCAGACAUAAGAACAGCUGUAGGAGGGAGAUCGACUUGUAUUAGUCAUCUGGAACUGGAUGCAAGGAGGGGAGAACAUGCAGUUGGAUAAGAAACAUGUCCAUUAGUUUCUUUUUGGAUUCAUGUAUGAAGAUUUGAUUCUGCUGGACCAUGACUGGCAAGCAAGGGAGGCAGUGGAGGUCCAUGUGCAAAGGCCUGGUCCUGGGUACCCUCCUGACCAGCUGCAUGAUCCUGCUUUACUGCCUCUCCACUCCACAGAUCCACUUCAGCCUGCCUGAGGUUCCAGUGCCUUACUCCUGUGCCCAUCGUCCAUCCCAGCACCACCCCAAACCAACCGCAAACAGCUCACAACAAACCACUGGACAGACCUGCACUCCUAAAGUGGAUAUCAUGUUCAUGAAGACCCACAAAACAGCCAGCAGCACCUUCCUCAACAUCCUUUUCCGCUUUGGAGAGAAGCACCGGCUCAAAUUUGCCUUCCCUGACAGCAGAAAUGAUUUCUUCUAUCCAUCUCUUUUCCAGCGCUCCCAGGUUAAAGACUACAGACCUGGAAUGUGCUUCAAUGUUAUCUGUAAUCACAUGCGCUUCAAUGCACCCGAGGUGGCCAAGUUGCUACCUAUGGACACUUCCUACAUCACUAUUCUGCGAGACCCCGCAGAGCUUUUUGAGUCAUCCUUCCACUACUUUGGCAGGCUGGUACCUUUCACCUGGAAGAUACCAGGUGAUGACAAGUUGACUGAGUUUCUACAUGACCCCCAUUACUACUUUGAUCCAGAGGGAUUCAACUCUUUCUACCUCAAGAAUCUGCUGUUCUUCGACUUUGGACAGGACAAUACUCUGGAGCUGGAUGAUCCGCAGGUAGAGAAGGGAAUCAAAUUCAUCAUUGGCCGCUUUCAGCUGGUCAUGUUGGUGGAAUACUUUGAGGAAUCACUCAUCCUGCUGAAGGAUGCCCUCUGCUGGGACAUGGAUGACUUGCUCUUCUUCAAGCUCAAUGCUCGCAAAGGAUCCACUGUGUCUAAACUGACCCCUGAGCUCAGGGCCAGGGCUCUUGAUUGGAACGCUAUUGACUGGAAGCUAUAUCAGCAUUUCAACCAGACUUUCUGGAAGAAAGUAGAUGUAUAUGGUCGGCAGCGGAUGGCUGAGGAUGUGGCAGAGCUCAAGAGAAGGAAUGCAGAGAUGGCUUCCAUCUGCAUCGAGGGGGGUCGUGCCGUAGAAGCUGGCAGCAUCCAAGAGACGGCGAUGCAACCCUGGCAGCCCAUCGGAGAGAAGUCCAUCAUGGGCUAUAACCUGAAGAAGAAUGUGGACAAGGCACAUCGGAAGCUGUGCCGUAAGAUGUUGAUGCCAGAGCUUCAGUACUUAACAGAGCUUGGGGUUAACCUGUGGAUCACCAAGCUGUGGGGCCAUGUCCGAGAUAUCAUUAACUGGUGACUAGGCGUGUGAACAAGAAGGGGCCAAUUCAACUCUGACAGAUUGUAUUAAAAGAAGAGGAAUCUGACUGUGUGGCUGAUGGAGUGAAAGGUUAAAGGUUUCUGUCACAUUUCAAUCUCAUGACCUGUCUCAUUUUGUUGAAAUGUAUCCACAGUGACUUGUUGCAUUUCAUAUGAUUGUGCACUGUAAUGUAUCUGAUGGGUGCUUAAGAAAAAUACUGUAGACUUCACAAUCUACAGUACAAAUACUGAACCAGUUUACUACACGCAGAUGAGGUCUAGUAUUGUUCUCUGUUUGUGAGUUCUUGUAAUGUAAUGGAGUAGAUGAGUGAACAGUAAAGUUCUAAUUUUAUGAGCCCUUUAAUGGAAUAAAAACAAAAAAUGUUGCCAUCCCUGCCAAAGUUUUAAGGUUGGAAAGAAUAAAUGGUACUUCACUUUAAGCUAAAUAUUGUCAAACUCUUUGAUGUUCAUCCCCCCAAAGUCCAAACCCCACCAAGGGCUAAAUACAGAUGUGAAGAUAGUGAAUGUAAGUAUUACGCAUCCCGUUUUACUUCUUAUGGAGGACAAAAUCAGUCAUAUUUUUAAAAAUAUUUGAGUAAAUAUAGACCUUUCUGAUGGCAGACACUUGUCAUACCAGGGAAAGCACAGAUGCAACUAAUAACAUUAACGACCGCUCCGUUCCUAUACCCCAGAACUGCUGCAUCUAAAUCAAAUGCAGAAAGUAUCUGACAUGUCUGUCAUGAAAAUGGUCUGAUAAAUAAUAUGCAAAACAUUUAAAAGUGAGUAGACCACUAUGCAAUCAAGAAGAAAAAUACUUUUCUUACUCAUUUAAUUUCUGUGUCAGUUUUUAUAGCAUAUGAUAUAUGUUGAGUUUCCUGUUAAUGAUAUUACAUUUUCACAUCUCCUAAUCUUAGGUUCACCAUUUUUUCUUUAACGUCACACUCGAGGAUCGAAAUGGAAGGCUCAAAUGUUGUACUGCUGUGUUCAGAUUGUACAUCGUAGAAAUAUGCGCAAUUUGUCAAUUUUGUUUGACAUUGAGCUAACAACUUGCAACCUGGAAACACAGACAUAGUGUCAGUGACGUCGUCCAUAGGUUCCCGAAUAGCCAUCGUGAAACUCACUAUCUUGGCAGUCGUGUCUCAAACGGCUUCCGGCUAAUCUGAAAAUAGGCAAAGACGCGGAGCAUGGGUGGAACUGAGGUGGGCUGCAUGAAGUCUGGUUACUGAAACUACCCGCCUGUGAUGGCACCCACUGUCAAUCAAAGUGUCUAUGCCGUUAAUAAUUUUAAGCAUUAAUAUAAUUUGAAC